CUACAUUAAACUUGAAGAAAACAUUUUUGUUUUAUACAGUAUUCUUUUCUUUAUCUCUUUCUAUGACAUUACAAACUUAUUAGAAUUGAGUCAUCUAUUUUUCAUAGUAAAGUAAAAUAUACAAAAUUAUUGAUACAAUAAACUUUUUUUGAUUGAUUGACGGCGAGUAUGUCGGUCACUGCACUAGAUUCUGAAAUUACGAAAAGUGAUAAAUAUUCAAUUUUAUUGCCCACUUACAAUGAAAGGGAGAAUUUGCCAAUAAUAAUAUGGUUGAUUAUUAAGUAUUUAGACAACAGCGGUUAUGAUUACGAAGUAAUUGUGAUCGACGAUGGAAGUCCAGACGGUACUUUGGAAGUCGCGAAGCAACUUCAAAAGAUCUACGGAUCCAAUAAAAUAGUGUUACGCCCUCGUGAGAAAAAAUUGGGUUUGGGCACAGCUUACAUACACGGUAUAAAACAUGCGACCGGCAAUUUUAUAAUUAUAAUGGACGCUGAUUUGAGCCAUCAUCCCAAAUUCAUCCCAAAAUUCAUAGAACUGCAACGGGAGCAUGACUAUGAUUUAGUAUCAGGCACACGGUAUAACAAUGGGGGCGGUGUACACGGUUGGGACUUCAAGAGGAAGCUUAUAUCACGUGGCGCCAACUUCCUAACUCAGAUACUGCUCAGGCCGGGUGCAUCUGAUCUAACUGGGUCAUUCAGAUUGUACAAGAAGGAUGUCCUUCAGAAGUUGGUGGAUUGCUGUGUGUCCAAGGGCUAUGUCUUCCAAAUGGAAAUGAUAAUUCGGGCCAGACAACUGGAUUUUACAAUAGGAGAAGUGCCAAUAACAUUUGUCGACCGCGUCUAUGGCGAGUCCAAGCUCGGCGGCUCAGAGAUCUUCCAGUUUGCUAAAGCGUUGCUGUAUCUUUUUGCCACUACGUAACUGAAAUCCACACAAUUAAACCUUUCGAUAGAUUUACACACAUCUGUCAUGUACACAUAUGAGAUAGAACGAGACCGCAACAUCUGAUAUCUUGUUAUUUUCAUGUGCGCAUAAUGAAAACGUAUUUGAAUGAAUGAACGAAUGAAAAGUUUUACUUUCAAAUAAUGAUACAGAUUAUAAAGAUUAACAAUAUGUACACAAGCAAAAUGAAUACUUAAUUAUGUAAAAGCAAGAUAAAGAGGAAACAAUGGGCGGCCUUAUCGCUAAAUAGCCAUCUUUUCCAAGCAACAAUAUAAAUAAAUGUAUACUUUGCAAUUUUAACAAACUUGUAAUAAUAAAUUUUACUUGUCUAAGAAUAUUGCUCUUGUAUAUUCACUUUACUGCUUAUUCUAAUAGCCGCCAUGAAUAUUCUGAUGUGUAUACAGUUCACCCAGCAGUGGAUAUAAAAAAUGGAUUCAUUAAAAAAAUAGCUCAUUAAUAAAAAUAGGCAAGUGCAAUUAUAACUGUUGUAUCAAAAAGGAUUUAAUCCUGUUAAUAUUAUUAAAAAAAAACUUCAACAAUUUUUAUAAAAUUAUAAUUAAUUUUAUUAAAUUUUAUUAAUUUUAAUAUCUAUCCUUUUUUGCCAUUAAGACAUUUUCAAAUGUGUUUUUUUCUCAGUGCAUCAAUUUAAAGAAUUCUGAGAUUUAUAGAAUUAAAUCAUUGCCCCAGUACUAAUUUUGAUUGAAGAUUGAAUUGAUUAGUUUUUUUUUUUUUUGAUAUUAAGCAUUUAUAAUGUCAAUAUUUUGAGAUGUAAAGUUGUACAUAUUUUUUAAUUAUUGUUAUUCUUCCGUUGAAUAUACAAGAAUAGCUUAUUUUUCAUUUACAUUAACGCAAGAAAAGACAUUAUGUAAUAAUUUUAUUUUUAAAUAUAUAAUGAAGUGAUAGGGGAUAGUUUUAUACAGUGUAUAAUCAGAAAGCUGGUGAUCUUUUUAUUACAAAUAUUAUUCUUUUCUUUACUAACCAAAAUACAUAUCUGAUAUUGUUUUAUGGUCACAAAGAUAUGUACAAGUAAUAUUUUCAAAAUUAAAUGUGAUAAUAACCACGAGCUUUCCGAUUAUAGAUGAAUGUGUGGAGACUGUUAAUAUAUAUAAUUUAUAAUUGUCACAUUAACAAAUAUUUAAUAAAUGAUUGUUUUAUAUUUUGAAAA